UUGGCUCGGUUUCUGUCGACGUGGGGAAAGCGUUGCAAGAGCAAGCAACACUGAAUCUAUGGGUGUAUGCUCUUGAGAUGAGCGGAGUGUCAUGCCAGUGGAUGUGUAGCCCUAGAAAACAGAUUCUAGUAUGUGGCUUAAACCCGAAGAGGUGCUUCUCAAAAACGCGCUCAAAUUAUGGGUGACGGAAAAAUCCAACGAUUACUUCGUGCUGCAGCGCAGACGCGGAUACGGGGAGGACAGCGGAGGAUUGACAGGCCUGCUGGUUGGAACGUUGGACACAGUUCUUGACUCCACUGCCAAAGUGGCCCCUUUCCGCAUUUUACACCAAACACCUGACUCUCAGGUGUACUGGAGCAUUGCCUGCGGAGCAUCUUUAGAGGAGAUCUUGCAGCACUGGGACUGGCUGCAGCAGAACAUCAUCAGAACUCUCUCUGUGUUCGACUGUGGGGAAGACAUCACCAGCUUUGUCCAGGGAAAGAUAAGGGGUCUGAUAGCAGAGGAGGGCAAAUCCACUGGUGACGAGGAGGAUCCAGAGCACUUCAGGGAGGUAGUGCUGCGCUUUGAACGUCUGUUCGGUUUGCCUCAGAGAGAGAAGCUUGUGACAUAUUUCUCCUGCAGCUACUGGAGAGGACGAGUGCCAAACCAGGGCUGGAUCUACCUCAGCACUAACUUCCUGUGUUUCUAUUCCUAUAUGCUGGGAAAUGAGGUGAAACUGGUGUUUCCCUGGGAUGACAUUAGCCGUCUAGAGCGUACGUCAAGCGUGUUUUUGACGGAGAGCAUCCGUGUGCGUGUAAGAGGAGAAGAUCAUUUCUUCUCAAUGCUCUUGAGGCUCCAGCAGACAUACCUGAUCAUGCAGCAGCUCGCCGAGUAUGCCAUCGUGCGCUACUUCGAGAAAGAAACCUUCAAUGCUGAACAUCCACUAGCCAAACCCCUUCACAUCACACAGAGAGCUCUGGAAAUACAUGCACGGAAUCAGUCGUUCCGGGCAUUUUUCCGGUUGCCACAGGAGGAGAACCUUUGUGAAGUGUAUGAGAGCUUCCUCUGGGUUCCAUUCAGCCACGUGAACACACUUGGAAAAAUCUGUGUCUCUGAGAACUAUUUAUGCUUUGCGAGCCAGGAUGGGUCUCAGUGCCAUCUCAUAAUACCUUUAGGGGAGGUGUUUAGUGUGGAGCUGCCAGACCGCAGCACUCGUGCCCUGACUGUGUGUAUGCGUGGCAAAAGAGCUUUGCGUUUUUCUGAGGUUCGAGAUUUUGAGCGACUUGCUGCCACCAUCCGCAGGAAGUGUGGAACAGCAGGAAGCCCUCAGCAUUCCUUCAGUAACCAGGAUGAGGAGGAUGUGAUGGUGGGGCAGAGUCAAGCUGUGAGCACUGAAGCUCUCAUGAACGUCUUUCAUCCACAUGAUGCAGAAAACCUUGACCCCAAAAUGCUGAAGGAGCGAAUGAAGGAGCAGUCAUGGCAGAUCCACUUUGCUGAAUACGGCCGUGGAACUGGAAUGUUUUGCACCAAAAAAACGCGUGAUCUCAUUGUACGAGGAGUUCCUGAGACUCUCAGAGGAGAACUGUGGUUGCUCUUCUCAGGUGCUGUACAUGAUAUGACCUCUCACCCCGGGUACUAUGGCCGGCUGCUGGAGGAGUGUAUGGGCAGUAGCUCCCUUGCGUGUGAUGAGAUUGAGAGAGAUCUACAUCGCUCGCUCCCAGAACACCCAGCAUUCCAGAGUGACACAGGAAUAUCAGCCCUCCGCAGAGUCCUGACCGCCUACGCUCACCGCAACCCCAAAAUUGGCUACUGCCAGGCGAUGAAUAUCCUGACAUCAGUGUUGCUACUGUAUGCAAAAGAGGAAGAGGCCUUCUGGCUGCUGGUAGCUGUAUGUGAAAGAAUGCUCCCAGACUACUUCAAUCGCAGAAUCAUUGGAGCAUUGGUGGACCAAGCCGUGUUUGAGGAACUGAUCCGUGUGCAUCUAACCCAGCUGACAGAACAUAUGACAGACCUGUCGUUUUUCUCGUCAGUAUCGUUGUCAUGGUUCCUGACUCUCUUCAUCAGUGUACUGCCCAUAGAGAGUGCUGUGAAUGUGGUCGACUGUUUCUUUUACGAUGGAAUCAAAGCCAUCCUGCAGCUUGGCCUUGCUGUCCUUGACUACAAUAUGGACAACCUGCUUUGUUGCCAUGACGACGCAGAGGCCGUCACAGUCCUCAACAGGUUUUUUGACAAUGUCACCAAUAAAGAUAGUCCCCUCCCAGCAACUGUACAGCAGGCGUCAGCAACAGCCAACGACAAAUCAAUGCAUAAAGUGGACAUCAGCGAUCUCAUCAAAGAAGCAUAUGAGAAAUAUGGAGACAUUCGAACAGAGGAAGUGGAAAACAUGCGGAAGAGAAACAAGCUGUAUGUUAUUCAGACACUAGAAGACACAACCAAACAAAAUGUACUGCGUGUUGUUGCUCAGGAUGUGAAAUUCAGUGCUGCUCAGCUGGAGGAGCUGUACAUGCUGUUUAAGAGGCAACACUUUGUGAGCUGCUACUGGUCAGUGUGUAGUCCUGCCCUGCAGAAUCAUGACCCCAGCCUUCCAUAUCUGGACCAGUACCAGCUGGGUCAGUCCCAGUUUAGCAGCCUGUUUAAUCUGCUGCAGCCGUGGACCACACAGACGCAUACUCGCACGCUGGCACGAUCAGCCUUCCGUCUACUGGACGAGAACAGAGAUGGACUAGUGAACUUUAAAGAGUUCAUAAGCGGUCUGGAUAUCUUAUACAACAGGUCAUUCACAGAAAAGCUCAUGUUUCUUUUCAAAUUGCACCUUCAACCAGGGACCCAGGAGUGUACGAUUUUAAAGUCAUCUAGAUUUAUUCCUCCGGCUGAAGAUCACUCUUUCUCCACUCGCCUUUCUGACUAUGCAGAGGAUGGAGUGAUCAGGAGAUGUCCAGAGAAAGGUCGUGCUAAAGUAGAUCUGCAAGAAUAUCUGAAACAGUGGCAAGAAGACUUGCAGCGGAGAGAGGAGAACAUUAAAGAUCUCCCCAGAAUUAACCAGGUGCAGUUUAUCGGUUUGACGAAGACUCUUUACGCUGUGUUCCACGGUGAUGAGAAGGAGGAAAGUCUGUACCGUGCUGUGGCACGAGUUACCAGUCUUUUGUUGCGCAUGGAAGAGGUGGGACGCAAGCUACAGGAGAGCAGCCCACUAAAAACACCCCAAACUACGGCCCAAACUACACCCACCAGCUCCCACAGCACGGCUCAGCCUGAGGUCUCCCCGCCAUCACCCACCAGCCCUGAGACCGAAUGUGCCCAUGGCCCACCUGAGUCUCCAGUGAGUCUACGUGAAACUGCUCCAUCACACUCUGACAUUACCCCUAACUCCACCUCACGGCCCUCUACACCCACCAGCAGUCCUACCGGAACCAGCAGCCCCGCCUUGGACACACCCAUAGACACACCCAGCUCACCCAGCGCUGUCAGAGAUGAGGACUGGAGUUUCUCCUUCGAACAGAUUCUCGCAUCUCUCCUCAAUGAGCCAUCUGUUGUUCGCUUCUUUGAACGUGCUGUUGAUACGGAUGCUCUGAUUGCAUAUGCACGUAAAAACCAGCUUAAAGACGCACACUAAAUA